UACAGCUGUGAGAAGGUGCACUCAAAGUCAAUGAUUCCAGAUAACAGCUCAUUUAAAACACUGUCCAGGGAGGGAACAGAUCAUGAUUGCUACAGCUCUGUUUUCAGCCUGUAUACUAGCCUGCUUUUGUGUUCAUGGCAACGAAAGGUGGCAGGAGUCCAACCAGCCUCAGAAUGAAGUGAAGGAGAAUCUAAAGGAGUUCCCUACGACCACAAUACACCCUGUCUUUCACUGCCCAGACAUGAGCCCCUCUCCCAUGGUUCCCACCUCAGUGGAGUUGGUGAAAGCUGCAGAUAUCAAAGUCAUUGCAGCUCUGGGGGACUCUCUAACGACAGCUAUUGCUGCCAAUGGCUCCACCAUUCUGUCAGUCCCUGUUGAAUAUCGGCAUGUUUCAUGGAGUAUUGGAGGUUAUGGAACUUAUCAAGAUGUCAUCACACUUGCAAACAUUUUCAAGCUGUUUAACCCCGAGCUGCUGGGUCCGGCUCCACGGUGGACGCUCCAUGGCUUCCCUACUAGCAUCAAUGAGACAGGAUUCAACUUUGCUGUGACAGGACACAACUCUCUGAAUGUCUCUGACCAGACCAGACAUAUGAUCGACACGUUUAGGGCCUACCCAGGUCUGAACUACAAAGAAGAUUGGAAGCUGGUGACAGUCCUUAUUGGAAUGAAUGACAUCUGUGAUUAUUGUAAAAACAAAACUCUCUUCUCAGCGGACAACUUCAUCUACUACAUGACAGAGAUGCUUGACACAAUGAUGAAUGAGGUCCCUAGGAUGAUAGUGAACAUCGUUCAGAUCCUUCCCAUGGAGACUCUCAGAGAAGUUCAGAGGCCCUCCAUCGGCUGUGAGCUCCAAAAGAGGUUCUGCUCCUGCUUGGUGUUACCAGAGGAUAACUCUACUGACCUGAAGGAACUUAUAGAACUCAACUUUGAAUUUCAGUGGAGGCUGGAGAAGCUUCUGGAAAGCGACCGCUUCUUCAAAGAGGACUUUGCUGUGGUUCUGCAGCCCUAUCUUCAAAACGCCCAGCCACCAAGACUGCCUGAUGGAAAAAUAGAUCUCAGCUUUUUCACCGCAGACUGUUUCCACUUCAGAGUGAAGGGCCACGAGGAGCUGGCCAAGGGUUUAUGGAACAACAUGUUCCAACCGGAGGGACAAAAAGAGUUGGUGUCCACAUUCUCAAACCCUGUCAAACUCAUCUGCCCAACCAAGGACCAUCCUUACAUCUACACAAGACCCAGAGCUGUGUCUGCAGGACCACCACUGACCCUCCACAUGCCCAUGGUCAUCUCCCUUCUACUCCUUACAAUGUCUGCAAUCUACUGAUCUACAUGACUGUUUCCAAUGGGCUGAUAAUCCACAUGACUGUUUCCAAUGGGCUGAUAAUCUACAUGACUGUUUCCAAUGGGCUGAUAAUCUACAUGACUGUUUCCAAUGGGCUGAUAAUCUACAUGACUGUUUCCAAUGGGCUGAUAAUCUACAUGACUGUUUCCAAUGGGCUGAUAAUCCACAUGACUGUUUCCAAUGGGCUGAUAAUCUACAUGACUGUUUCCAAUGGGCUGAUAAUCUACAUGACUGUUUCCAAUGGGCUGAUAAUCUACAUGACUGUUUCCAAUGGG